AACCCUGGCGUAAAUACUGCCGAUAGUGGUAGAUCCUCUCAGUGUGCGAUCGUUCAUCUCCUUGCCUAAGCAGCUACUACUGGCUUAGGAUUCAGAUAGUCACUUGUCAUCAAAUCGUAUAAAUCGGAGCUUGAAGUGAUGUCCGUGUUGUCCGACUUCAGAGAAACCUUAAUUUGAUGAACUUUACAUGCAACCAGAUUUAUGCAUUACUCUCAGAAUCGACACCAUUUCCUAUACAUGUGGCUAAAGAGGAUGUCUGAGACGGACGUUUCCUGAAAUUCCACCAAGAUGUACCUAAUCACAGUAAAAGUUAUUUUAUCAGAACCAAAAAUCAUGAAGUCGUUUUCUGAAAGCCUUUGAUUACCUUCAUAGUAGAGUUCAAAGAAGAAGUAAUUCCCUCAUAAUGAAUGGAUCUAUAAACAAUACAACGGAAGUUCGGGAAGAUUUGUGUCCGCGCGUCGGCGUUGUUUCAUGGUAUUCUUGUAUCUUUGAGUUGUAUGCUCCUUCGGCUUUUUUUGUUGAUAAAUAUGUUAGUCCGAUCCUAUACUUCAUUGGUCUCGUUGGAAAUCUUUUGACAAUUAAAAUAUGGAGUCGAAGAAUACGCAAGACGAACACUUCGGCAUUGUACCUUACAGUUCUUGCAGUUUCGGACCUUGUGUUGCUGGCAUUGCACAGCGUGAUGGAACUACAGUUCACAUGGAAUGUGAGUACGUUGAACAAACCUGUCUGGUGUCCGACUUUCUUUGUGUUUUACAUGUUUGCGCAGUAUAUGAGUCCACUACUUAUAAUGGGAUUCACUCUAGAACGAUUCAUAUCUAUAGCAAUCCCAUUCAAAGGUGAGCGCUUUUCAAGGAGAAAUCGGGGAGCUUUGGAGAUUAUUGCAAUAAUCAUUCUCUCCCUCUUGCUAGCAGUGCCUCAGGUCUUUGGAUGGACAGUGUUUCCAGAUGGAGAAUGCCAGGGCACAGGGAUAAAGUUUUUUGAAAUUUGGAUCUGGGUCAGUGAUAUUCUGGUAUUUGGCGCAUUUCCGUUGGCGUCGUUGAUACUGAAUGUCUUAGUUAUAAACGCAGUGUCACGCUCGAUUAGGCUGCGAAGAGAUACAGCUCCAUCGUUCGAAUUAAAGGGCUUCAGUAGAAAACUUUUGAAAACGAGGCCAAACGAACACACUAACCAACGAAGUUUACGAGUUUCCACGGUAACACUUUUAUGUGUCUCUUUCUACAGACUCUUUACUGUUAUUCCAGUUGCUAUAAUUUUUGCGCUACAAUACAGAAUCCCAACCGGCGACGAAACUCUAUCCGUCAGUGAAAUUGGGAAAGAUUCCACAUGGAAGACAUUUUUUGACUAUCUCAUUGCAAAAAAGAUAAUUGACGAGGUCGGGCUAUCACAAUACUCCCUUAAUUUUUUUCUCUAUUAUCUGACAGCAAAUUAUUUUCGGAACGAAGUAUGUCGUCUUUUUCGGUCAUUAACUGAAUGCAGAGUUGGGAUAACGGAGUUUCGAGGGCGAAGACGCGGUACGGAGAGUUCUACAAAAGGGACACUACUCAGUACGCGGAAGUCUUUCUACGACUAAACUGGCAUUUGAUUAGUGACGACAUUUUUACUGGAGAGUUCUGUGAUAAUAUGGAAAUAUUUUGUUGUCAAUAAUUGGCAUUAAUAACCAUAAAUGUUUUGUUCAUAUUUUGUUAAUAAUUUAAACGCCGAUGUUGAAGGUAAAACUGUUUAUUUAUGAAAAUAUUUUGCUGUCAAUAAUUGGCAUAAAUAAUUAUGAAUGUUUUGUUCGUAUUUUGCUAAUAAUUUAAACGCCAAUGUUGAAGGUUAAACUUUAUCAACGGACUAAUAAAGUAACACAAGUUGCUGUCCUUUAAAAAAGGACUACAAUACGUGGACCAUUUGCAUGUGUUUCCAACGAAACGUGAAAGCCUUAAGAUUAUCAGAGAUUCCACCGACUCUAGCCCUCUGCUUUUAACCACUAAAUUUGUGCGUUGUAUUACGUAUACAUGUAUGUAUAGCCCUGACUUUUUAUCUCAGAAUAUAGAGGAUUCAUACUUCUAAAAUAAUUAUGAUCUAUCUAUGAAUGAAGUUUGUGUGUAUAGUAUCAGGCAUUCGGUGAAUUCUAAUAUUUGUGCGCACAUUACGAUUCGCACUUCUUUGUUAACAAUGCAGUGACAGCUUUGUGAAAAUUAAAAAUUUCAUAUUUUGAUGCGUUUGUCUUGAGAUUUAAAUUUUCAUAUAGUGACAUAUUUAUUCAAUCAUACUUAAAUGCUUACAAAAAUUUAAUCGGGAAGUUUUCUAGUCUCGCCUACUAUAAAAGUAAAGUUAAGUUACACGUGUAUUCGGAAAACAACAAAACAUUGCAAAUUAUGCUAUUUGAUGCAUGUUGUAGUUUCGGCAUAACAUUAACUUAUUUCAUAAUACUGAUAGUCCAUAUCACAUGUCAAUCAUUUCUUUAAAAGGAAUACUUUGUUUCUGUACUGUUUACCGACAACUUUACAAUUACAGCGCCUUUGAACUUAUGUGUGCAUACGGCACGGAAUCCCGAUCCCGAUUCAGAUAAACGUGUGCUAGCCUGGUUCCCUGAGCUACCCAUUACGCACAGGAACCAGGCUAGCUCAUGCGCAGGCUGAAUUUUCCCCAUAGCAUCCGGUUUAACCUCGCUUAUAUAUUUUCUGCGUGGACCUCAGGGUCCACG